AGUGUCAUUGGUAAAAGGUCAGCUCAAGCAACCUUGAUUCUCUCGAAAAUAGCGAGUAUUAUCAUGUGGAGGGUUUCGUCAGGUCGCUAUCCACCCAAGCCUCGUGGUGCUCGGCGUGGCUGGUCGGGUGUCAGACAACAUGGGAACAGACGAGACUCAGUUGUCAAAUCACCAGCGCCCCCAUAUGGUCCUCUACUGGUAGAAAUUGGCAAUACCGAACUUGAAAGGUCAGAGGAAUGCCCCCAAAUCGCAGACUGCGAGGAUGUCAGUUCGUACACAUGGCUGGGUCGAGCUGCACCAUCAAUUCUCAUACCCGGCGAACCGCCCAUCUGGACCCCUGGAACUUAAGACCGCCAGCUGGAACCCGAUCUCCUUGUCUCUACAAGCUUACCGUUCCAAGCACCAGACACACAUCAUCCCAGCGGAACAUUCCACGGUCCACCGAGAAGCGCGUGUACAAUCGAAC